CUUUGCGUCCGCACUCUAGUAAUUUGGUUGGUAUCCUUACCGCCCUGUCCCAAAAAUCCGGCGCAGAUCUGUUUGCUGUCCUUCAACGGUAUAGUGGGUACCGUAACCUCCCGGAGCUCAUUACUGGUUGAGCCACCAGCGGAUGUAGUGCCCCAACCGGCCAGGUAUGCGUUCAUCUUGGUACUAUCGGGACAACUGGCCGUAUUGGGUGGCAGGCAUACUGGGGCCGCGGUUUUACCAAAGCUAACCGCCCGAGUGGACCACAAUCUUAUCCACCUUAUAGUACUGGCCGGAGCCGCGUCGAUCGUGGGCUCCGAUUUGCACCUGGAUCUGUUCAGCACGAGUAAUGCGGCCCCCGUGGGACACACAGUGGGCGGCGCACAACACGUACUGUUUGUCUAUAAGGGAGGCGCCGCAUAUAAAUCGGCCGCUCGAGUACACGGCCACAACCCACGGCCAGGUGUUGGCCUGUGCCACUUGUCCGCCCACGAUGAAACCCAAAUUCUCUUGCAUUUCGAUGUCCUUUUGAACGAUGUUGGUGCGGGCGCCGCAACC